AUGAUCAGUGAGCUUGAGGACGGCCCUGAGUGCCAGGAACAGAGCAAAAAUGCCAGGGACAGUGGAGAGCAGGGAGUCUCACCUGGCCAGCAGACCCACGGCAUAGUGGUGGGUGUCAGCACACAGCAGGGUAGUCCCAGCCACACUUGCGCCCCACUACCACCACCGAGAGGCGGUGGCCUGCUGGCCGGCACGCAGCGGGAAGCAGGGCAAAAGAAGCAGCUGCAGGAGCUGUACCAGCUGGGCCCGCAGCUGGGGAGCGGCGGCUUCGGCACCGUUUUCGCGGGCACCCGCCUCUCAGACGGGAGCCCGGUGGCCAUCAAACGCGUGGCCCGGGAGAGCGUGCUGCAGUGGGACGAGCUGCCCGACGGCACCCGUGUUCCUCUGGAGAUCGUGCUCAUGGAGAAGGUGGGCUCUGGCUGCCGCUCAAUCAUCCAGCUCCUCGACUGGUUUGAGCUGCCUGACAGCUUCCUGCUGGUCAUGGAGCGCCCGGAGGCAUCUCGGGAUCUCCUGCAGUUGCUGCUGGAGCAGGAGUUCCUGAGCGAGGAGGUGGCGCGCUGGCUUUUGCGCCAGGUGCUGGAGGCCGUGUGGCACUGCACCGCCUGCGGCGUCCUGCACCGCGACAUCAAGCCGGAGAACCUCCUCGUGGACCCGGAGAGCGGCGAGCUGAAGCUCAUCGACUUCGGUUGCGGCACCUUCCUCCAGGAGCGCGCCUUCACACGAUUUGCCGGAACACGCGUGUACAGCCCUCCCGAGUGGAUCGGACUUGGCUGCUACCACGGCCAUUCGGCGACCGUCUGGUCCCUGGGUGUGCUGCUGUACGAAAUGGUCUGCGGGAGCCUCCCCUUCGGGGACGACCGCGCCAUCGUGUCGGGGCAGCUCGUCUUCAGGCGCCAGGUCUCUCCAGAGUGCGAACAUCUGGUGCGCUGGUGCUUGUCCAAGCACCCCGCCGACCGGCCACAACUGGAGCAGAUCUUCUGGCACCCUUGGGUGUGGGGCGGGCAUUUUUGA